AUGUUGGAGAUGCUUGAAUACCACCAUUAUCAGGUAGGUCCAGUAUUAUGCUGAUUGAAAUACAUUUUAUUUUCCCCCCUUUUCUUUUGGGGUAUGGUAAGAUAAACAUAACAUUUAUUCAGAUGGAACGUGUGACAUGGAUUGUGAAUACAUGUAUUUAUAUCUAGGGAUAUUUAACUAUCAAGAGAUAGCACAGAAACAAAUAUACAUGAAAAGAAAGUAAAUGUCUGCUUACUGCUUACUGCUUACUGCUUUGGGAUUUACUAGUAAUAUUGAUAAUUUAUAACAUUUCAACCCAUACUUGACUUUCUCUGGUCAAGUCAAGUACUGUAUCACUAGUUCAGCUGACAUUUAUUUUAUUUUCAUAUUAAUCAGUAACCAAGUUCAAUGCUAAUGCCAUUUGGUUUCUUUACUCUUUUUACUAAUGCUAUCUCUUUAUUAUCAUUGUUAUAAAUGUAUGGAAACAUUUUCAAGGCUGUUUCUUGUUUAUUCAGUGAGAUAUGAGAGCUCUUUUCUUGAGUGCAUAGCACAAUUGCAACAUGACCAACGAUCAUCAACCCAUCAUAUCAGCGUUUGAGGAUUCUGACUUUCUCACUUAUGUCUCUCCCUCUCCUCUCUUAACUCUCCCUCCUUCACACCAUCCCUCCCUCCCUCCUCCAGGUGCAGACUCAUCUGGAGAACCCCACCAAGUACCACAUCCAGCAGGCCCAGCAGCAGCAGGUGAAGCGCUACCUGGGCAAGCUUGGCUCCCUGCCCUGCCCCAACCAGUCCUCUGACCACAGGGGCAUGCCUCCGGGGCCGGGCAACAGUGCCCCCAACAGCCCCAUGGCCUUACUCACCCUCAACGUCAACUGUGAGAAAGAGGUAACACAACAUGCAACAUGGCCAUAGAUGCCGAGCUACAAUGCAGUGUGUGUGAAUUCAGUGUGCUUUUAAAACCAUGAUAAAUGCCAAUUUUCCAUUACUUCUGCUUCAUAGCAAUGUGUAUUUGAGUAAUGAAUGGUAGUAACACCAUGGAGUUGGAUAAUACAUAUUAAUUUAGAAGGAAAUUGUAUUGUCUGUUGAUUAACCCUUAAUUGAAUCACUGUCUGUUAGAAAAUAUGUUAUCUCGAAUUCAAUUUUAGUUUUUUUUAUUGUAGAUGGAUGAUGUCAUUGAUGACAUAAUUAGUCUGGAAUCGAGUUAUAACGAUGAUAUCCUUGGAUUAAUGGACCCAGGGCUUCAGAUGGCCAAUACGGUAUGAUUGUCUUAAUUUACUGUCUGCUUGCGUUAGGCCAGUAACCGAAAGGCUGCUGGUUCGAAUACCUGAGCCGACAAGGGGGAAAUCUGUCUAUGUGCCCUUGAGCAAGGCACUUAACCCUAAUUUGCUCCAGGGGCGCCAUACUACUAUGGCUGACCCUGUAGAACAACACAUCUUACUGCGCCUAUCCGAUGUAGGCCUAUGUGACAAUAAAACAUCAGGGUUUUCUUACCUGCCUGUAGAAAACCCAGAUAGCCUUUUCAUAGUAGAUGUGUCUACAAGUACAGCAGAGUGUUUGCUUACAGAUCAUUGUGUAAACACAUUUUUAAGGGUUAACUACUAAUGUUUAAGCACCACCUGGUAUAUUUUACCCUGCUAACGUUACUAUUGUCUGUGGCCCCGUGUAGCUCAGUUGAUAGAGCAUGGCGCUUGCAACGCCAGGGUUGUGGGUUCGAUUCCCACGGGGGGCCAGUAUGAAAAUGUAUGCACUCACUAACUGUAAGUAAAUUAAAUGAAAAAAAUGAAAUGUUAUCUUGUCUCAUCAGAUCGCUGUCAACACUAACCUCUUGGACAUUUAUGGUAACCAGGGCAUGCCCCCUCCAGGCCUGGCCAUCAACUCCUGCCCUGCCAACCUGCCCAACAUCAAAAGGGAAUACUCAGGUGAGCAUGACCCCAUUACAUGGAAAAGAUUCAAACAUGGUGUUACCAAUUACUCUACAGACCUUUGUGACUGAGCAAUAUGUGUAAAAGGGUCAGGGAAAUGUGUAUGCAUGUGCUUUGCAUUGAUAUGGUUUUUGAUUAUUGUAAACUUUGUUAUUUUGUAAUUCAAAAUAAGGAGAAAUGCAAUGAACAUUUUAUGUGCCAAAUAGUUUCCCAAUCUCCGGCCAUCAUGCACAUGCUGGACAAGUCUGGAUCGUGUGGCAAGUUUGAGAACUAUCCAAGGCCUGAAGGGUUUCCUGUAGGUACGUCUGCAUAGUCAUAUUCAUAUUUACUUUAGCUAACUGUGAGUUUGAGUUAGGUUACACGGGUGCAUAUUGCUUAGCCUUUAAUGUGCUCAGCACAGUUUCAUUUAUUUUCUUCCCGACUAACUAAAUGUUUCUGGCAUAACUGUUUGUUGUGUGUCAACAUCAAUGUUUGCCAUUGUCUUUCAGAUGUAGGAUCUUAAAUUGAUCCAGUUUGAAAAUAAUCCUGCAGCAACUGCAGGAAAUGUGAAUUACUAUGUGGAUUAUAAUUAAUGUACAAUUUUGUAGGGGUUGAUACAUUUUUCAUAAGGGAAAAUCAAAUCUGAAAUGUCACAGUGGAAAUUACACAUUUUAAACCUCAAAUACACUACACGUUUUACAUUUCCUGCAUUGCAAGUAUGUUCUCCUGCAACAGGGUUAUCAAAUUAAGAUCCUACAUCUGUAGUUUUUAUGAGUCAUUGUCCAUACCUAAUGCUAACUGCUUUAUUUCAGAAGCAGAGGUCAGGGCAAUGGCAAAGGAAAGACAGAAGAAGGAUAACCAUAAUUUGAGUGAGUUUUGUUAUACUGUAAUUAUCAGCUAUCUAGUAAUAUGAUGUGGGUUGUUUAGAUAUGCUGUGAUAUUACCUGUUCUUUAUUACAUUUUGCAUGAUUGAUUGUUUCUUAUUGUUCUCAUCUUGGCCCUAUUUGCUGUAGUUGAGAGAAGACGGAGGUUUAACAUCAACGACCGGAUCAAAGAAUUGGGGACAAUGAUUCCAAAAUCAAAUGAUCCGUAAGUUGCGUAUGUUGACGCAGAUUUUAAGUCUUUCUAUCAGAUACAGCGCAGUCUGGAAUUAUUGGAUCCCUUGAUAAAGAUGAGCAAAAAAAACUUUAUAAAAUCAAUAAUACAAAAAUUUGAACAAUUAUAUAUUAUUUUAUACUAAUACAAUUGCUCAAAGGAAGAGAUGUUGUGUAACAAGUAAUAAAAACAAAUCUCAAAAUGAUAUGGGUCAAAAUUAUUGUAACGACACUGAGCCUUUUUCUAAAAUGUUUUAUUAGAUUGGGGAACACACUAGGAGGGAUCUUAGACCAUUCCUCCGUACAGAAUCUUUCCAUAUCCUUGUAUAAUUUGUCUGCGCUAAUGGACUGCCCUCUUCAAUUUAAACCACAGGUUUUCAAUAUGGUUAUGCCAUUGCAAAAUGUUGAUUUUGUUGUCAAUUAACCAUUUAUUUGUGGAUAUUGUCUUGCUGGAAUAUUCACUUGCGGCAAAGUUUCAGCCUCCUGGCAGAGGCAACCAGGUUUUGGGCUAAAAUAUCCUGGUACUUGGUCAAGUUCAUAAUGCCGUUGACCUUAACAAGGGCCCUAGGACCAGUGGAAGCAAAAUAGCCCCAUAACAUCAAAGAUCCACCACCAUAUUUUACAGUAGGGAUGAGGUAUUUUACUGCAUAUGCAUUGUUCUUUCGAAGGCCAAACCCAUCGCUGGUGUGCAUGGCCAAAAAUGGUCAUCUGACCAUAGCACUGGUCCAAUCCAAGUGCCAAUGCCGUUUAGCAAACUCCAGGUGGUGCUAUGGUCAGAUGACAUGAAAAUAGAGGUCUUUGGCAACGAACACCAAUGGUGGGUUUGGCCUUUGAGGACCUGGAAAGAUUCUGUAUGGAGGAAUGGUCUAAGAUCCCUCCCAAAGUGUUCUCCAAUCUCAUAAAACAUUUUAGAAAAAGGCUCAGUGUCGUUAUCCUCGCAAAGGGAAGGGUACUGGAGUAUUAAAAACAGGGGAUCCAAACAUUUUAACCCCUAUCUUUUAGCGUUUUUUGUUAAAUGAAAUCUCUUUCUCUGAGCAAUUGUAUUAGUAUAAAAUAUAUUUAUUUUUUAACAUACAAUUAGCUCAGUAUUUGUAUUAUUUAUGUUAUACAGUCUUUUUGCUCAACUUUAUCAAAGGAUCCAAUAAUUCUGGACCCCACUGUAUAUAUCAUGGGUCAGACAUUCACCCUAGGUUAGAGUUGACGAUAAUUAUAGAUCAAUGCCUCAGUUUAUUUCCAAUGCAUCCAUACCCUUGAGAAUAGUGUGAGUUAGAACGUUGUCAGUGGACUCUAGAAUGCUAACAGUUCCGGCUGAUAAAAUCUUGCUGGCCUACCGUGCCCCUUUCUGGUCCUCAGGGAUAUGCGUUGGAACAAAGGCACCAUUCUCAAGGCGUCGGUGGACUACAUCAGGAAGCUACAGAGGGAGCAGCAGAGGGCCAAGGAGCUGGAGAACAGACAGAAGAAGCUGGAGCACGCCAAUAGACACCUGAUGCUGCGGAUACAGGUACAGCACUGUAGGCCGUGGCGCACUGGGAGAGAAAAGGAGCUACUAGCCAUGCCUUCAAAAUGUCACACACUGUAUUAGCCAAUCAAAGUAGGUUUGAAUUGAGAUGAGGCUCUUCUAUAUUCUGGAUGGGAUCAGAUAUGCAGCAUACAGACAGACAAUGUUGAUAACACUCUCUCGCUUUCCUUUCUCUUUUCUCUUUCUCCCUCCCUUGAUGGGGUUCAGGAGUUGGAGAUGCAAGCUCGUGCCCAUGGUCUGACCACAGCCUCAUCUGCCCUCUGCUCAGCGGAGCGCUCAGCCCGAGGCAUCAAGCAGGAGCCAGCCCUGGGAGACUGCCACCAAGAUCUGUACCCAAUCCACCCCCAACACCAACACCACCCAGCCUGCACUCCAGACCAGGUUCAGUACACCACCUUGGAGCUCAACGAUGGAGCAUCUCCCUACACCGAGGGCCACAGGGGUGUCUCAGGCGACCAGAGGCAUUACGGCGGUCAUACUAAGGGGGCCUUGAAGCUCAGUGACAUCCUGAUGGCCGACAUCUUGUCCCCGGUGGGAGGGGGAGACCCCCUGCUCUCCUCUGUCUCGCCCGGGGCCUCUAAGGACAGCAGCUGCUCAGGCAGCAUAAGCAUGGAAGAGAACGACCAGAGCUGUUAG